UCCCUUCCAGCGGUGAGUAGGGGGGGGGGGGGGUGACUCCAUCUGUGUCGUGUGGUGCCAGGAGAGCAGCGAACGACAUUGAUCCGGCCAUCACCAAGAUGGCUCCUGGGCAGAAACCGCCAUCACGAACACGGGAACCUGCAGAAACUCCACUUACUGACUAUGAACGCUUGAGGGCUCAAAAUAUGAUGAAGAACAAUCAAAUGUUUCAAAGGCUUGGGCUUUCUACAUUAGCAACAAUGAUUAACAAUACAACUGCAAUGAGCAAGGAUGAUGUUUCUCAAGAAUCAGGAUCUUUGUAUGAUGCUCAGCACAUUGAGGGCUCUGAACAAGAGGAGGUCAGCAAGGGAAGAAAAGACCAGAGCCACCUAUUCAAGCUGCAAAGCUUGCAUCGGAGGGUGGGAUCAUACUCAAGCAGCACAUACCAAUCUAUCCACACUGAGUAUUACAAGAAGGAUGAAGGACAAAUUACAAACUACAUUGGCAAACUUGCGGGACAAUUCACCAUGGACAUUAAGAGUAAAGCAGUGCAUGAAGCAUGCACUGACUUGCUAAAGUGUGGGCAACGACAAAUGAGGCAUAGGCUGAAAAAGAAGUACUUUGAUGGGGUACCCGCAAAUCAAGUGAGGACAACAUCGCCUAUUAAGCAGAUGACUGAUGAACAAUGGAGAGAAUUGGUGGAGAUGUGGUCAAGCCCAAAGCACAAGGACAAGUGUAUCAAAAACAAACUUAACCGCGACAAGGUUCAGUUUCAGCAAAGGACAGGGUCUCAGUGCUACAUUGCAAAAACUUAUGUCGUGAAACAAGAUAAAUACAAAGAUAUUGAGCCUACUGCAAUUGAUCUGUUCAAGGAGACGCAUUGUAGUAGAAAAUUUGGCUUUACUAAAUCUGUGAAGAAAGCAAUUGAUGAUAUGGAAGCAAUUGUUGCUGAACCAGAACAUGAUGGACAGCAUGUCAAGUCUUCCGCUGACGCUGUUUCCGAAGUCUUACCACAAUCAAGUAAAUUCUUACAAAAUGUAGGCAUUUUGUCCUCCUCCAAGUCAAGCACCAGAGUUGGUGUGUCUUCAAAGGUGCAAGAACUUCAAGCUCAGCUUGAGAUGGAGAAACAGGAAAAGGCUGAACUCCGGCUGGAGAUGGAUAGCUUGAAGUUUCAGGCACAAGAAUCUGAGUCAACCAUGACUAAACAAUCACAAGAGGUUGAUAGGUUGAAGGAUACCAUAAAGUCUCAGGCACAGCAAUCUGAGGCAGCAAUGGUAAAGCAAUCAGAAGAGAUUGAGAGUUUGAAAAAGAUAGUCCAAGAUUGUAGUGGGUUCCUUCGUCAAAUGAUAACCUUCCAAGGUCAAGUGCCUCCUCCCUGAGACUGCUUGUCAGCGUGGUUCUCGUCCAUCAAAUGGAGCUUUGCUAUUUUUGUGACCUACUUGAACUUGCACUUAGUUAGGUCUGCCGCUUCAACUAUUUUCUUUCUUUGAUUAGAGUUAAAGGAGUUCCAUAUUUAUUUAUUGCUUUAAACCAUUGGCUACUGGUCAAAUUUGUGUUUUUAUUUCAUGAGACUUGGCUGUUGAUGAUGGAACCUGUACUUGGUGUUGAAUGGAUUAGUGGACCUGCAAUUUGAUGAUUGAACCUUUCAUUACUUGUUUUAAAUUGGGCUAUGGCCACAACUGAAUUUC